UUAAGCCAGUCGGUAGUUCGCACUUACAUCCUGGAUAAGGAGAACUACUGAAUUUGAUUUUUAAAUAUUUCUUUCAACUCGCAAACAUUAACUUCAGUCGAAAUCUCACUCUUUAGAUUUACCUCUAAAGUACGUUGACCUGUUAGCCUAGCUUAGCCUAGCAACACUACUCGGCUGAGAUGUGUCAUGAGAAGCAGGGAGCUAGCACCGCCGACACCAUGACAGCACUAUGAUAUCUGUGUUUGUGUGUGACUGUGUUAAACUGCCGCUGGUUAAACAGGGUUUGUACGAAAGUGGGGCUGCUUCCGGACCGUUCACAACAUGUUAAACGUCCCGACCCAGUCCUUUCCGGCACCGAGCUCCCAGCAGCGGGUCUCUCCGUCCGGCCAGUCCGGGAGGAACAAGGUGGCACUGAAGCCGGGCCACAGUCUCAUGGACUGGAUUCGGUUUGCCAAGAGUGGAAAAGAUCUUACUGGACUCAGGGGGCGCCUCAUUGAAGUUACUGAGGAAGAACUGCGGAAACACAACAGGAGAGAGGACUGCUGGACCUGUAUACGAGGUAUGGUGUAUAACGUGAGCGCCUACAUGGACUACCACCCUGGUGGAGAAGAGGAGCUGAUGAAGGCAGCAGGAGUAGAUGGAACUGAACUCUUUGACCAGGUCCAUCGCUGGGUCAACUAUGAGUCUAUGCUGAAAGAGUGCCUGGUGGGCAGGAUGAGCACCAAGGCCGCCACAGCUGUUAGAGCAAUCAUCCCUCCCCCACCUGUGACUGGCCUCGCUUCACCGACUUCAGUGGCUCCCCUUCCAGACAAAGACUCUCGCCCUCGGUACGAUUGGUUCCAGACUGAUGGGACUGUUCAUCUGGUUGUUUAUACCAGAAGAAAGAUACCCAGCUCAGGCUGUACCACUGUCGAUCUAAAGGCAGGUGUUCUUCGACUGGAGGUGCUGCUGGGGAAAAUGUCCUACAUGAUUCAUUUACGUCUCUCUGAUGAAGUUGAGGAAAAUGUUGCAGUUCACACUGCUUUCUCCGUGGGAAAGAUCCAGGUUAGCAUACGCAAAGGUACUCACGGAAAAUGGGCGAGCCUCGGUCAACCUCUGGAGUCCCAUAAUACGUUUGUACGCCAAAAGGACCGAGCUCUCUUCUAUCGGGAUUGUGUGUUGGUGUCUAAGACUGAGGUGAACCACAACACUUACCUAUUCAGACUGCAGCUCCCUGCUGGGACUGUCAUGCAUGUGCCAGUCGGGAAACACGUCUAUCUGAAAGCGCUCAUCCAAGACGUGGAGGUAGUGAGGCCGUACACUCCAGUGGAGCAAAUAUUUCCAGCAGCUUCUAAGAACUGGUCACAGGAAUCAGACCUCUACCUCAUGAUCAAAGUCUACCCUGGUGGAGUGUUCACCCCACACCUCAGCAGCCUGAGUGUCGGUGACCGUGUGGCUGUAAGUAGUCCAGAAGGCACCUUCAGUCUCCGCCCUCUUCGUGAUGUUACAAACCUUUACUUAAUAGCUGCAGGCACAGGCUUCACGCCCAUGGCUCGUCUUAUCCGUGCGGCCCUCGAAGACAUCGAAACCAUCGGAAACACAAAGCUGCUCUUUUUUAACCGACGAGAAGAGGACAUUCUUUGGCGCUUUGAACUGGAUGAACUGGCUGCUAAUAACGACAGGUUUCAGGUGGAGCAUGUCCUCUCUGAGCCCAGUGAACGCUGGACCGGCUGGAAGGGUCAGGUGAACGAGCCCAUACUUGCUGAGAUGCUUUCCAAGCCUGAUGGGUCCAAAUCCUACGUGUGUGUCUGUGGCCCUGCAGCCUUUACAGAGCUAACACUCGGGUUGUUGAAGCAUCAGGGCUUCAGUGAGCAGGAGCUCCACGCCUUCCAGGGUUGACAUGAAGGGAACAUUGUGUUUCUAUGCAUCAAGGACUUGAUGAUGCUGAUAUGUUUGAGGUGCUCUGAGGAACAUCAUAUAAAUAAAUAGAAAUAUCACUGGUACUGUUUCAGAUA